CCGCUGUUUUCAGUCGAUGUGACUUUUUGUUUACAUUUUAUGUAUUAUAUUUUUCAGUAAACUAAUUAGCGGAAAGUAGGCAUUGUUUUAUAUAUUUUAAGGUCCUCUAUCGCCGACAAGUAACAGGCUCCGUGAUAAGCUCCCAUCCCUAAAUCUUUCAGAUUUCAUCAUGUACAACGUGGAUUGCAUACCCAUCAAGGACAUCAAGCCGGGCCUGAAGAACAUCAAUGUGAUCUUCAUUGUCCUGGAUGUGGGUUCUGCAACGGUAACGAAGGAAAAUCGGGAGGUGCGAAACUUUAAGGUGGGCGAUCUCACGGCCAGCAUAAAUGUUUCCAUUUGGGACGAGCCCGGAAAACUAAUCAUUCCGGGGGAUAUAAUUCGGCUAACGAAAGGUUAUGCAUGCCUCUGGCGGCACUGUCUCACCCUCUAUUCCGGCAAGAAUGGUGAGGUCUUCAAAAUCGGCGAAUUCUGUAUGAUUUUCAACGAGAAUAUCAAUAUGAGCGAGCCCAAAAGGCCAGAGCCAGCACUCGUGCCACCAGUCGUUCUGCCAGCCGUCCUGCCAGGCGGUCUUCCAGCUGUGGGUCCUUCGGGCGUAACAGCCAAAGGUGGUCCGGCUGGCAUCUCUCCAGCCGUGGUGCCGGCGGUUCUCCCCGUGGUCCAGCCUCCCACCCCCGUCACUGCAGCCGCAGCCACGCCCACUGUGGUGAAGCAGGGCACCCGCGGCGGCCGAGGAGGAGGACGAGGUGGCUCCCACAAAGGGGAAAGGCGAUAAAGACAUAAGCAGGGAUCUUAUCGCAUAAGCAAAAGUGCUUAAAAUUAUGUAAAAUGUUUUAUUUAUGGUUUUAUUUUGCAAAAUCGAAAAGACACAAAUCAGAUAUCGAGAGAUUGUGCAGCAUUUUUCUUCGGACACAUUUAUAAGAUAAUAUUUUAUAAUUAAUAUUGUAUUUUUGUAAGACAACAUCCACAUAAACGAUCCUUAAGAACA